AUGAAUUAAUUAUGCUGCUUUUUAAUUUUGAUAACAUUACAAUUAUUUCAAUCUUGUUGUCUCAAAAAUGGUUGUUAAAGGAUAAAUCAGUUUAAAUCAACUUUGAGAGGCAACUAUAAAAAUGUAAUAAGUUAUGAAAACGGCUCUUUAUUAAUAAGUAGAAAAUAAAACUCUUUUAAUGGAUCUGGUAGAUUUUUAGGAGUGCUUUUUAGAAAUGAAAUAUAUGCAAAUUCUGCUGAUAUUAAAGGUACCUUUUGUUCCAUAAAUACUUCAAUAAUUAUUUAGUUGAGAUAAAAUUAUGAAUUGAAUACUCUUGUUUUAUGGUUAUGGGAUGGACAAUCAAGAUAAUAUAAUCUUGUAGUAUAUGCUUCACACUUAGAAAAUGAAACAGUAAUUUUUGAUUAGAUUUCUGCAUAAGCCAAAGCCAUUUAAAUUUAAUUUUCUCCUUAAAUUGUUGAUAAAUUUAGAGUCUACAAUAGAAAUGGAAAUUCAGUUUCGACUACAACUAAUAUUAUUAAAGCAGAAGCAUAUUACAAAAAAUGA